AUGGGCUGUGCUAAAAUCUUUGGAGCACUACGGCGUUGUAAGCAGUUAGAAAAUGGUGACAAUUCCACCCUCUUGGACCGGUGUCUGGGUCUCUUGGAUCUGACAGCUUUAGGGGUCGGCAGUACCCUGGGUUUAGGGGUGUAUGUGCUGGCGGGUGCAGUCGCGAAGACCGUGGCGGGACCUGCUGUGACCUUGAGUUUUCUAGUCGCCGCCAUUGCUUCGGCUUUUGCUGUCCUGCUAAGCAUAGGUGUGAGAGAGUCGACUAAAUUGAACAACGUUUUCACCGCACUCAACUUGGCGACGGUGGUGAUAGUGGUUAUAGCAGGUGCUAUAAAGAGUGAUCCUGCAAACUGGCAUAUUAAAGUUGAAGAUAUCCCAGAAGAAUAUCGUUCUCAGGCUGGCGAAGGAGGCUUCAUGCCUUGGGGCGUGGCGGGUGUCAUGGCUGGAGCCGCAAAGUGCUUUUUUGGCUUCGUGGGUUUCGAUUGCGUCGCCACCACAGGGGAAGAAGCGAAAAAUCCCAAAAGAGAUAUACCAAUAUCGAUAGUGUUGUCAUUAAUCAUCAUUUUCGUGUCCUACUUCAGUAUCGCGACGGUUUUAACUAUGAUGUGGCCAUAUUAUUUACAGGAUGCAGACGCGCCAUUCCCUCAUGUGUUCACGGAAGCUGGCAUGCCUAUCAUCAAAUGGAUCGUCACUAUAGGCGCUAUUUUCGCACUCUGCACGAGUUUAUUGGGUGCCAUGUUCCCGCUCCCCAGGGUUUUAUACGCCAUGGGAACUGAUGGUGUCCUGUUCAAGCCUUUGGCGACUAUCAAUGCGAAGAGCCAAACCCCAAUACUGGCCACGAUCCUAAGUGGAAUAUUCGCCGCAAUAAUGGCAGCAAUUUUCAAUUUGAACCAGUUGAUCGACAUGAUGUCAAUAGGGACACUUCUCGCGUACACUAUUGUGGCGACUAGCGUGCUGAUACUCAGGUACGAGGAAGAAAACCAGCUAAAUAUAAAUGGCACGAAAGCAGUACCAGAGAAUGUGUAUAGUAUUGCCAAACAGACUUUCAACCUGCUCGGUCUGAAGCAUCCGACCGUCCUCUCAGCUAACAUCGCCAAAUGCACCAUUUGUAUACUAUUCGUAGCAGCACUGAUCACCUGCUCUCUACUGCGGUGGGACAGCGAGAGCUCGUCGCUGGGCGUGAGCGUGGGCAUCAUGGGCGGGGCUCUUCUGGUGAUUCUGCUAGUGUUGUACCGACAGCCGAGAGGCAGUGUUGCUAACCUCAGCUUUAAGGUGCCUUUAGUGCCGCUAGUGCCGUUCCUGAGCGUAUGCAUGAACGUGUACCUGAUGGUGCAACUCGACUACCAGACCUGGGUGCGCUUCAUCAUAUGGCUAGCUAUUGGUUACGCAAUAUAUUUCUUAUACGGCAUUCGUCACAGUGCUUUGAGGGAAAAGGAAGUAGUCGCGUUCAACACUAAUGGGAAGAUAAACGAGAAACAAGUUAUAACAAAAUUU